AUGGCCUUCUUCUUAGAUGAGUUCCAACAUCUUAAAAUCAAAUUAGAAGAUAUAAAAUCUGCCACCCACAACUUUAGCAACGACAACUUGAUCGGAAAGGGUGGGUUCGGGAACGUCUAUAAAGGAGAAAUCUCUCUCUCAAAGGGGCCAAGCGUGGUUGCUUUUAAGCGUCUAGGUCUACAUGGUCUGCAAGGAAACUCUGAGUUCUGGAGGGAGAUUAUGAUGCUUUCCAGUUACUCCCACGAAAAUCUUGUAUCUCUCUUGGGAUAUUGCAACGAGGGUGAUGAGAAAAUCCUUGUGUAUGAGUAUGCAUCUCGUGGAAGCCUUGAUCGCCAUUUAAGUGCCGAUGCUCUCACAUGGAUGCAACGCCUCAAGAUAUGUCUUGGGGUCGCAAGGGGACUCAACUACCUUCAUGAUCCCGUGGGGACACAACAAAGAGUUCUUCAUCGUGACAUAAAAAGCGCCAACAUCUUAUUAGAUGAGAAUUGGAAUGCUAAAAUUUCUGACCUAGGGUUGUCAAAAAUAGGCCCGGCUAAUCAGAAACAUACAUUUCGUUUCUCUAAUGUUGUAGGUACCCCUGGGUACAUAGAUCCCCUGUAUCUGGAGAUGGGCGUGCUAACAAAAGAGUCAGAUGUAUACUCUCUUGGGGUUGUAUUUUUCGAGGUAUUGUGUGCUAGAUUAUGCUAUAAAUAUAGCAAUGGUCAAUAUCAGAGUCUAGUGCGUAUGUGGAAGAAAAGCUACAAAGAAAAGAAAUUAGAUGACAUCAUAUCUCGAGAUCUGUUGCAGCAAAUGGAUUUGAAUUCCUUGGAAACAUUUUCAGACAUUGCAUACCAAUGCUUGCAGAAAACUCAUACAGAACGACCACUAAUGGCUGAUGUCGUGGGAAAACUUCAGAUUGCACUUAAAUCUCAGGAGAUUCAUGAAGUGGUGAAAUUGGUAGAGGCAGAAAAGUAUGAAGCGAUAAUUAAGAGUGCAAUAGCUCUUCUUAUCUUUAGAUCCAAAGCGGAACUGCAUGCGCUUCUCUCCAAAGGGAUUAUCGUUAAUGGUGGCAAAACGUGGUUUUCGCUAAAUAAGAAUGGAGAACAUUGUGAAAUGAUAUCAUCAACAGAAUUUAUUCCUUGA